AUGGAAAAAUUGGCUGAACAUUAUUACAGCCAAACAUGUCCAACACCUACAAUGGCUAGAAGUAUUCCAAAUGGUUCCUGGCACUGCCGCGUCACCAGUUUGCCUUUCCAGGCAAUAGGUAUUGCCGCGUUCUCUACAACGAAUAGUACAGAAUUCGUUUCGGUAGUUGGCCGGGGGAGUCAAGAUUGGUCAGAAGCACUUUCAUUGCGUUUCGUAAAAACAGAAGAAUUGUUUCACAUAAUCGUUCUUUACAUGUUGGAUCGAAAUAUGUCCGACGGUAGAAAAAGACUGUCUGGCAGUGAAUAUGAGAAAAGACGGGCGCUGAAGGAAGAUAACGAUAAGAAGCAAAAGGAUGCACUACAACGAUAUUUCAAGCCAAAGAGAGCAGCGGCGAGGAAAGUUGACGAACACAGUACUGUGACCACCGCAUACAGUAGCAAUGCUGAGGGUGGGCCAUCCACAACAUGUUCAACAGACUUCGUCUGGACUCAAGACCUGCUUUGUGUCGAAAGCUCCAAGAUUGGAACAUCAGGCAUAACUGAAAUUUGGCGACCCGAUUGGGAAAAUACCGAAGGAACUUCAGCCGAGGUACUCACCACCGCGGAAGGGAUUGAAGGCGAGCCUGAACUGGAAGACACAAUUGACUCAGAUCAAGGAAGUUGGCCGCAAAUUAUUACCGACUGCAUUCGAACGACUUUGAUCAUGCGAGGUUCUCCCGAGCGCAUUAAGGAAGCUGAAGAAUGUCCUAAAAACGCGGACAACCGGUGUUUCAGCUCUGUGCACUACAGCUAUUCUUUGAAGAAUUUAGAAGAAGCAGAUACACAUUGGUUGGUGUAUUCAAAGAGCAAGGAUGCUGUGUUCUGCUUGUGUUGCAAACUUUUUUCGUCAUCUACAGUAAAAAUUUCAAAGAACUGUACAAGCGACUGGCGGCAUCUUGCUUCGUAUCUCCAAAGUCACGAGAAGUCUACCGAGCAUUUGAAUUCACAUAAAAAGUGGAUCGUGUUUUCCGAGGGACUGAAAACGUCACGAACUGUCGACGCCCGUCAUCAAAGGCUUCUGAAUACUGAAAGCGAACAUUGGAAAAAUGUUCUUGAGCGCUUAAUAGCAAUAAUUCAUUUCCUGGGUCGACAAUGUCUGCCUUUGAGAGGACGUACAGAUAUACUCUUUCAGCCUGACAACGGAAAUUUCUUGAAAGUCUCUGAAUUAUUCGGAAAGUUUGACACUGUGAUGAUGGAGCACCUGCACAGUCAAAGCAAGUAUUACAGUAUAUUUGUGGACUGCAAACCAGAUAUUUCAAAAGUUGAGCAGAUGGCAGUUGUGCUACAUUUCGUCCAGGAGACAGGACUCGACGGGGUAUACGAUGUCCGAAUUCGGGAGCAUUUCCUGGGAUUUCUUCCAGUGUCCGAUUCUUCAAGCUCUUCUUUGAGGCAGGUCGUACUCAAGUUCUUGGAAGAUAAAAUAAAUCCUGUUGUGUAA